AUGGCGUCACGUCCUACCGUCGUCCUCAUCCCGAGAUGGGGAUCCGGCCACUUCAUGUCCGCGCUCGAAGCCGGCAAGAAGCUGCUGGCCACCGGCGAUGGCGCCUUCUCCCUGACUGUGCUCGUCAUGCACGCACCGACGCAAGAGAAGGCGUCCGAGGUCGAGGGCCACGUGCGCCGCGAGGCGGCUUCGGGUCUCGACAUCCGCUUCAUCCAGCUCCCCGCCGUCGAGCACCCCACCGACUGGGUCGAUCAAGUGGAAUUCGUGUUCCGGUACGUCCAGCUCCACGCGCCACACGUUAAGACGGCCAUCGACGGCCUGGCUCCGUCGUCCCGGGUGGUCGCCGUCGUCGUCGACUUCUUCUUAACGGCCCUGUUCGACGUGGCCCAGGAGCUCAGCGUGCCGGCGUACGUGUACUUUACCUCCCCCGCCGCGUUCCUCGCGCUCAUGCUGCGCCAGAACUACGACACUUUCGAGUACCACGGAUGCCGCUUCAUGGAAGCUAGGGGCGUCAUCGUGAACACCACCGUCGAGCUCGAGGCCUCGGUCCUCUCCGCAAUCGCUGACGGCCGAUGCGUGCCCGGGCGCCCGGCUCCGGCGCUCCACGCGAUCGGCCCCGUGAUCUGGUUCGAACCCAAAGACGACGACCAACACCGGCACGAGUGCGUGCGGUGGCUCGACGCCCAGCCGCCAGCGUCAGUGGUGCUCCUCUGCUUCGGAAGCAUGGGGUCACACGACGCGGCGCAGGUGAGAGAGAUCGCCGCGGGCCUAGAGCGCAGCGGCCACCGCUUCUUGUGGGUGCUGCGAGGCUCACCCGUCGCAGGUACACGUCACCCGACGGACGCGAACCUGGACGAGCUGCUCCCGCAGGGGUUCCUGGAGGCGACGGCGGGGAGGGGGCUGGUGUGGCCGGCGUGGGCGCCGCAGAGGGAGAUACUGUCACACGCCGCCGUGGGCGGCUUCGUGACGCACUGCGGCUGGAACUCCGUCCUGGAGAGCCUGUGGUUCGGCGUGCCGAUGGUGCCAUGGCCGCUGUACGGGGAGCAGCACCUGAAUGCGUUCGAGCUCGUGGCGAGCGUGGGCGUGGCGGUCGCGCUGGAGAUGGACCGGAAGAAGGGGUUCUUCGUGGAGGCGGCGGAGCUGGAGCGCGCGGUGCGGAGCCUGAUGGACGGCGGGUCGGAGGAGGGAAGGAAGGCGAGGGCGAAGGCAUCGGAGACGAGCGCCGAGUUCAGGAGGGUCGUCGGGGAUGGCGGCUCGUCGUGCACCGCGCUGCAGAGGCUGGUGAGUGAGAUUUUGGAUUUGCCGGACGGAAGGAGAUGACUCGGCAAAAAAAUGGAUUCUUUUUGUUCAGUUGUGCUAUCCGAAUCAUCCGAUGCGCUAUUUUGAUAAGAACUUCAGGUGUACUUGGCAAGAACAAUCACGAUUCUCUGUCUGUGUGCAGUGUCAGUCUACAAGUGUUAACUGUGCUGUCGUUUUUACUUGGAGAAAUCUUGCCAGA